GGCCUGCGGACGCAGCUGGGAGCCUAGCGGGUCCCGCAGAGGUUCGGCCUGAGGCGGCGUCUCUUCCGCACCCCCACCCUCAUUCCUAGGUCCCUACCCUCGGAGGGUCUUCCUCGACCUUUACCGUCAUCCAUUUCCCCUUCCUCCUCCCAGCGCCAGUGCCCGGGUUCCCGAAUAACUCCACUCGGGGAGUCCCCCGCGUUUCUCCCCUCCCGCAGCCAACCUUGCGACCUCCAGCAGUCCGCCCCCGCGGGCCCAAUCCUGCCUGGCGGCUCCUGCCGCAGCCUCCUCAGCCUUCCCGCUCUCCCAGGGCUCGCACCACUAUACCCCCUGCUGUCCGCCCGCGGGUUUCCCGGAUCCCCUCCUUCCGCCCCCUCGGAGCCCCCUUCCCCAUCCGGGCCAACAGGCAUGCAGGUGUCUAUCGCAUGUACCGAGCAGAACCUUCGCAGUCGGAGCAGCGAGGACCGUCUGUGUGGACCCCGGCCGGGCCCUGGGGGCGGUAAUGGCGGGCCGGCCGGCGGGGGGCAUGGGAAUCCUCCGGGUGGAGGAGGGCCGGGGCCCAAGUCCCGGGCCGCACCGGUCCCCCGACCCCCAGCCCUCGCUGGGGCACUCCGAGAGAGCACCGGCCGAGGCACUGGCAUGAAAUACAGGAACCUAGGAAAGUCUGGUCUUCGGAUAUCCUGUCUUGGCCUAGGUACCUGGGUCACAUUUGGUUCUCAAAUCUCAGAUGAGACAGCAGAGGCUGUGCUGACAGUAGCCUAUGAGCAUGGUGUAAACCUGUUUGACACCGCCGAGGUGUAUGCAGCAGGAAAAGCUGAAAGAACCCUAGGCAACAUCCUCAAGAGCAAAGGCUGGAGGAGGUCAAGCUAUGUCAUCACCACCAAGAUUUUUUGGGGAGGACAGGCAGAAACUGAGCGAGGCUUGAGCCGCAAACACAUCAUUGAGGGCUUGCAAGGAUCCCUGGAACGCCUUCAGCUGGGAUAUGUGGACAUCGUCUUUGCCAAUCGCUCAGACCCCAACAGCCCCAUGGAGGAGAUUGUGAGAGCCAUGACCUACGUCAUCAACCAGGGCCUGGCCCUAUACUGGGGGACAUCCCGAUGGGGGGCUGCAGAAAUCAUGGAGGCCUACUCCAUGGCCAGACAGUUCAAUCUGAUUCCUCCAGUGUGUGAACAAGCUGAGCACCAUCUGUUUCAGAGAGAGAAGGUGGAAAUGCAGCUGCCAGAGCUCUACCACAAGAUUGGUUCGCAGCCCCUCAUCCCUACCUUUCCCUUGGCCUCAACAUCACCUAGAUCCCUUUCCCCACAUCCAAUCCUCUUCCUCUUAGGUGUUGGCUCUGUUACCUGGUCCCCUCUCAUUAGCCUUAUCACUACCAAGUAUGAAGAGCGAGUCCCAGAUACCUGCAGGGCCACCAUCAAGGGUUACCAGUGGCUCAAGGACAAAGUGCAGAGUGAAGAGGGCAAGAAGCAACAAGCCAAAGUCAUGGACCUUCUCCCCAUCGCUCACCAGCUGGGCUGCACUGUGGCACAGCUUGCUAUUGCGUGGUGUCUCCGCAGUGAGGGUGUCAGCUCGGUCUUGCUGGGGGUGUCGAGUGCAGAGCAGCUGAUAGAACACCUGGGAGCCUUACAGGUGCUGGGCCAGCUGACCCCACAGACGGUGAUGGAGAUAGAUGGGCUCCUGGGGAACAAACCGCAUUCCAAGAAAUAGUCCGUCGUGGGGGCAGGCACCCAAACCCGGAUAUGCUGCACCCGCCGACAGCCGCUUCCCGCAGCCGCCUCCAUCCCUCUCCGGAUCCCUCCAUGCAGCGGUCCGAGCAGGGGUGGCCCCGCCCGCCAACGAGUCCCGGCUUCCAGUAGCGAUACGCAUGCACAAAGCAAUAUCCUUCCGCAGUGGGUUGAGAGGGAAAGUAGUGCUCCGCCCUUGCUGCGUUCUCUCAGGCCUUGCCAAUCUGGGCAUGAGCUAUUGGGCCAUCUCCUCUCUGCCACUUGGUCUCGCUCCCUUCUCUCUUCCCCAAAUUGUCGAGGCCCAAGGGGGGAAAAAAAACAACACGGCAGAUACAGGAAACAUGCAAAGUACCUCAGAAGUUUCCCUUGAAAUGUCAUCAAGGGGUAAUCUAAAAAGUUGUCAUGUCAUCUGGGACAAAGGAAAUAAAGCUCUUACGUAAUUCGGUAUAAAGGAGGCCAGGUUGGUCCUGGUAGGAAGUAAAUGAUAAUCUUGGGGAAACCAGGACCCUGCCUCCCAGUCAGGAGGUGGAGUGCGCAAAGUCAGAACUAGUGUGAAUACUUGGUUCUUGUCGAGAGAGCUAUUGUGGGGAACACAGUGACGGCACUGACGCAGGUAGAGGGAAAUUUGAGGGCAGAUAUGUAGAGUGUCCUGGCAAAAGUGGCUAGGGUGGCCCUUGGAAAACACAGCUGAGCUGUGCUUCACAGGAAAUAGUGACAGUCUUUAGGUCAGGGCAGAGACAUGGCGCUGACAUAAAAAGAUCUGGGGAUAGACUUUCGAGUCUUGGACAGGACUUCCUACCUGGCAGUGUUCCUCCUAGCAAUAGUCUUAAAGCAAUAAUGAUGGCCCCUGUUCUGUAAGACUUCCCAGGGAACUGUAAAUAAAAUUUUAGCUUGAUCUCACUCAUGGGUGUGUGGCAUGGCAGGGGUUUGGGAGAUUGGGAUCUCAGUCUCGGCUCUCUGGCCCUCUAACCGCCUGCCAUUAGGAAGCUCCAGGACUAGCUUUCUCUCAAUUACUCUUUACCCUCAGCGACCCCGCAUUGUGCUACUAUGACUGCUCUCAUCGAGGACCCUAAUGCUGCAUAUCCCAGGCCCCAGUUUAUGUCCUUCUUUUAGUUGCCACAUUCAUUAGAAGCCAAACAUCUGGCUUUGUAGUUUUGUUGCCCCUCUGAUGCUCUUGCCCUUGUUUCAAGUUUGUUUUGUUUUUAAAGUUUUAUUAGCCACA